UCUCUCCUUUCUGCACCUCUUGUCCUGUCUUCUUCUUCUUCAACCCCCGCAAGUCACGACACCUCCUUCCCCUCUCUAUUUCCAUUUCCGUUCCGUUCCAAAAUUUACGCCUUUGGAACCCUCAAUCCCCGUCCUCCCCCAUCUCCGCUCUUCUUUAGGGUUAGGCUUAGGCUUAGGAUUAGGUUUUGGGGUUAGGGCUUCUCCUCCUCGUCCUCCAUCGGGUUCCAUCCUUGGAUCUACGGGAAUGGUGGCGUUCUAGGGUGUCUACGCGCUUCUCGUCCGCUUGCUUCGAUAUUUUUGGUAUUUAUCCAAGUAUUUGGAUCCGAUGGCGGCAUCCGGCAGCCGGGGAGAGGCAGAUCUUGAGGGAUCGCCGCCAUGGCGCGGUGAUCAGGCAGCGGGGAAGGCGGCGGCAGUGGAGGGGGAGGAGGAGGAAGAGGGGAUCGACCACUUCGACCGGCUGCCGGACUCGGUGCUCCUCGUGGUCUUCAACCGGAUCGGGGACGUCAAGGGGCUUGGGCGGUGCUGCGUCGUCUGCCGACGCUUCCAAGCCCUUGUCCCCCUCGUUGACGACGUCGUCGUCCGCGUCGACUGCGUCAUCUCCGACGACGCUACCCCGUCGUCCGUCGCCGCCGCCGCCUCCUCCGGCUGCGGCCUGGACAAGGGCCGCGGUGUCUUGUCCCACCUUGCCCGCCUCGUCCUCGACGGCCUCGUCAAGCCCCUCCAGGCCCUCGGCCAGAUGCUCAUCCCUGCCUCCGCCGCUGCCCGGAGAUCCUCGGCGUCUUCUUCGUCUUCCGAGGUCUCCCACCACUCCCCGACCGAGGUCCUGAAGAACUUCAAGGAGAUCCGCCGCCUCCGGAUCGAGCUCCCCGCCGGCGAGCUCGGAGUCGACGACGGUGUCCUCCUCAAGUGGAAAGCGGACUUCGGCUCCACCCUGGACAGCUGCGUCAUCCUCGGCGCCUCGUCCAUUGUCUCCCCCAACUCUUCCAACCCUAACCCUAGCAUCCAGGACGCAUGCAGCGGGGAUGACAGCGGGAGCAUCCCAGAGUUCAAUGGAACCUUGAAGCUUAGGGUGCUGUGGACCAUCAGCUCCCUCAUCGCCGCCUCGGCCCGUCAUUACCUCCUCCAGCCGAUCAUCGCCGACCACGAGACACUGGAGAGCUUGGAUCUCACAGACGCUGAUGGGCAGGGGGUGCUGGCCAUGAACAAGGGGCAGCUGCAGGAUCUGCGGGUGAAGCCGGUAUCGGCUUCAGGCACCUCACAGCGGACCCUCUUGCCGGCCCUCACCAUGCGGCUCUGCUACGCUCCCCACCUGGAACUUCCCGGUGGGGUGCUCCUCAAGGGAGCAACGCUGGUGGCCAUUCGCCCGAGCGAGGAUCAGUCCAGGGAGGCACCCGGUGGGAGCAUUGGGUCCUCUGAUGGAUGCUGGGUGUCGCAUGCCUUUGAAGAGCCGUACAGGACCGCAUCUAAGAUGCUCCUGAAGAGGACGACUUACUGCCUGGAGAUGAAUUCCUUCUGAACUUGGAAUGAACCGCCCGGAAAGUUGAUCCUCCCGGAGGUUUUUGGAAGUUCUAGAGAGAUGGGGAGUGACUCCUUGGAGGUAGAUAACAAGAGAGACCAUUAUCUGAUUGUGAUCAACUCCUUCACUCUCACCUCUUGCUGCUGCAAUGAUUAUGGGCUGCAACAUCACCUUCAUGAACUGACAUGCAACAUGCUCCCGUUUUCCGGGUCCCCUUGUUUAAGUAAAUACAUAAGGGGCAGUUAGAGCAGUCUCUAUUAUUCUCUACCCCACCUCACGUUACAGUGUCAAUAUUGUUCCUUCUGGAUAUGGUUUUUUAGUGAACGUAUAUGUUGUAUUUGGUGCAUUAGCAUGCUUGCACUGAUCAAUCUAUCAGUUAUUCUUCUACCGAACUUGUAUCAAGUUUUAAUUUUUCAAAAAUUGUCGUGAUCUUGUAACCUCAUGUAGUGUCCGUCUGAAUUUUCAGGUUGUAAACUACCAUUAAGAACCAAAGACAACCUUUUAAUUUACAAACUUGUUUAUUUUA